CCCAAACCUUCCAUCUCUCAUAAAACCUUCAAUUCUUGUCCAAAUCAAGUGGAAUCUUGGUCGAAAUUGACUAAUUUUUCACAAGCUUUGUGAUUGUGAGGAGAGAUUUCAGAGAAAACGCAAUUGGGGGGUCGAAAUUUGAAACCCUAGUUUGAGAUAAUUUGGGGGUUUUGGGAUUUUUGGUUUCACAAGCACUCUUCCAUCUUGAAACAAGGAAAUGGCAAGGACAAAGGAAAAAGCGGGUUCAAGUUCAUCUUCAUCAAAGGGCAAGGGCAAGCAAAAGGAGCAAUCAUCAAAGAAGAGGCAAUAUAUGGGUAGGGUUAGUGAAAGCGAAAGUGAAGGCGAAGAAGAAGAGAUGGAGUUAGACCCGAGUGAUAAGCCGGUGUGGAACUCGGGGUCUUUGGACGACCAACCUGAGAUUUGGCAGCCAACCCUUUAUAAUGACUGCAUGAACAAGUUAAAAAACAAAGCAGCCGCAUUUAUUUGUGAAAAAGAGGUUGACGAACCCCAGUUUGGCCAGUUCGGGGUGUUUGCUAAGUUUCGUGCUUUGGGUUGGGAAGGAGCGCUCAAGUGUUUUGACAAAGAUAAGAGCAAUCUGUUUAUGACUUAGAUUCAGGAGUGGAUGGCAACACUUAAAUGUCACAACUUCAACAAGCCAUCACAAAUGAAGUUGAUCGGGAUGGUACAUGGGGUGCCAGUUGAGAUGUCAUUCGACACGUUGAAGAAGCUGGGAAAGUAUGACAGUCUCCCGACUAAGGAGUACAUGAUUCCCACGCUUGAUGAUUUAUUGCUCAAACCAGAGAAGCACGUGAGAUGGAACGACAUGUUAGCGGAUUUGUUUUUGCCCGGUAGGUAUAGUGGUGUGUUAUACCGGAAGAAUUUGAAGAUAGAAGCCAAACUGUUGCAUACAAUCUGCCUGCUUAAUGUCAUUCCAAGAAGAAGCGAUAAAGAACAGGUGAGGUUUCCAGAGAUACCUGUUCUGUAUUCAUUGAUGCAUGGGUCCCCACGCUUUCCAAUACGCUACCUGAUUAUGCACCAUUUGUGAAUAUGCCGGAACAAAUACGGAAGAGACAUCGUUCCGUACUGUCGCAUCAUAACGGGUUUGAUGAAACAGCAGAAGGCACUCACAUCCGAAGACCGAGGUUUAACGAAAAGGCACCAGCCUUUUACUUUGGAUAGGUUGGGAAACGUUUGGACGUAUACUCAGUCUGAACGUUAUCACAAAUUGAAAUCGGAGGGUCAACGGUGGAGGGAACUGAAAUUGGGUGCAAGGGAAUUGUUACCGGGAGAGCCGGAUGAGCCGGAAAGCGAUGAAGAGUUGGUUCCUAGUGGGGACGAGGACUAUGCGGACGAGCCGGAGGGUGGUGCAAAUGUUGGUUUUGGGGUUUUUGGUGGUGGUCAUGGUGGUACAUUCUACGACUACGCGCAACAACCGUAUGAGCCGGGGUGGGCUUAUAGUGGUUCAAUGCAAGAGGUGAUCGAGAGCCAACGCCCUCCGGCGUCCAUUUUUGAUACUUGGUCGGGGCCGGAGAGGACGUUGUAUGAUCAAAACACGAGGAAUAGUGCAAGCAUAGAGCGGUCGUUAAAACAUAGCUUCGAUCGCAAUGAGUCAUGGAACCGUACCCACGCAUACUCUCGAGAGGUGGAUGCUAAUAACAGAUAUCAUGAUGAUCAAAUGAGGCGGAUGCAUGCGGAUUGGCAUGCCGGAAGGCCGGUUGUUGAAGAUCCACAACAUGUGGACUAUGCUUCAUUGCCGCCUUAUGAUGGUAGCAUUUCUUAUCCGACUCCACCACUCCACCAUUCUCAGUGGCUUGACCCAAGGCGACAGGAGGGACCGCAACAACAAGAGAGGAGUAGCAGCGGCGCAUUCGGAUUUGGAGAGUGGAAUGAUAUGAUGUCAUCCAUCUUUGGACCUCCGGGACCGCGCUACUAUUGAUCAGGUGGUAUUCUCUCUUGUGUAUAGUUUGUACAUAUUUGUUGAUUUUAUGUUGGUUAUGGUUGGGAGGAUGGGUGGUGUUUGAUCAUGUGGUUGAUUGUUGGGUUGGUGUUUGUUGGUGGUGUCGUGUUAAAAAAAAAAAUUAUAAAAUGAAAAAAUACAAAAAGAAAUUUGGGGUUUGAGAAAAGAAGCUUUUGUGGAUGUUGAUUGGGUUAGUGAUCAAAGCCUCCCAAAGCCAUACAUUGGGGUCAAUGUAUCCCAAGUGUGGGGAUGGGGGGAAUUUUUUUGAAGAUUUUUGAAAAAUUUUAAGCCAAGCAAAAUAAUGUGAAAUCUUGACGCCCUAAUUUAACCCCAAGUUGAUGCACCGGCAACCCUUGACACAUUUUUCAUUGUUGGUGAGAGUUGUAGCCACACGGUACAUAAAUAACCUUUGAUGAGAGUGGCUAUG